AUGCGAAACUGGCUGGUGCUGCUGUGCCCGUGUGUGCUCGGGGCCGCGCUGCACCUCUGGCUGCGGCUGCGCUCCCCGCCGCCCGCCCGCGCCUCGGGGGCUGGCCCGGCAGAUCAGUUGGCCUUAUUUCCUCAGUGGAAAUCUAAUCACUAUGACGUGGUGGUUGGUGUGCUGUCAGCCCGCAAUAACCAUCAACUUCGCAAUGUGAUAAGAAGCACCUGGCUGAAGCAUUUAAUACAACAUCCAGCGUUAAGUCAACGUGUCCUUGUGAAGUUCAUAAUAGGUGCUCAUGGCUGCAAUGUGCCUGUGGAGGACAGGGAGGAUCCUUAUUCCUGCAAACUGCUCAACAUCACGAAUCCAGUUCUGAAUCAGGAGAUUGAAGCAUUCAGUCUUUCGGAAGACACUUCAUCAGGGCUGUCUGAAGACCGAGUUGUCAGCGUGAGCUUCCGGGUUCUCUAUCCAAUCGUUAUUACGAGUCUCGGGGUGUUUUACGAUGCCAGUGAUGUGGGUUUCCAGAGGAACAUCACUGUCAAGCUUUAUCAGGCAGAACAGGAGGAGGCCCUCUUCACUGCUCGCUUCAGUCCCCCGAGCUGUGGUGUGCAGGUGAACAAGCUGUGGUACAAGCCCGUGGAGCAGUUCAUCUUACCUGAGAGCUUUGAAGGUACGAUCGUGUGGGAGAGCCAAGACCUCCAAGGCCUCGUGUCAAGAAAUCUCCACAGAGUGACCGUUAAUGAUGGAGGAGGGGUUCUCAGAGUCGUGACAACUGGGGAGGGUGCCUUGCCUCAUGAAUUCAUGGAAGGUGUGGAGGGAGUUGCAGGUGGUUUUAUUUAUACUAUUCAGGAAGGCGAUGCUCUUUUAAAAACCCUUCAUUCUCGCCCUCGAAGACUUCUUGAUCAUAUACAUAAUCUCCAUGAGGAGGAUGUCUUACUAAAGGAAGAAAGCAGCCUCUAUGAUGAUAUUGUGUUUGUGGAUGUUGUCGACACUUAUCGAAAUGUUCCUGCAAAAUUACUGAACUUCUAUAGAUGGACUGUGGAAACAACCAGCUUUGAUUUGUUGCUAAAGACGGAUGAUGACUGUUAUAUAGACUUGGAAGCUGUGUUUAAUAGAAUCGCCCUCAAGAAUCUGGAUGGGCAUAAUUUUUGGUGGGGAAAUUUCAGGUUGAACUGGGCAGUUGACCGGACUGGGAAGUGGCAGGAGCUGGAGUACCCCAGCCCCGCAUACCCCGCUUUUGCAUGUGGGUCGGGGUAUGUUAUCUCCAGGGACAUCGUCCACUGGCUGGCUGGCAACUCGGGGAGAUUGAAGACCUACCAGGGUGAAGAUGUAAGCAUGGGCAUUUGGAUGGCAGCCAUAGGACCUAAAAGAUACCAGGACAGCCUGUGGCUUUGUGAGAAGACCUGUGAACCAGGAAUGCUGUCUUCCCCGCAGUAUUCUCCGCAGGAACUCACGCAGCUGUGGGGACUAAAGGAGCUUUGCGGUGACCCCUGUCGGUGUGAAGCAAGAGGAUGA